GGCGAAUGUGCGAUCAAUGAAGGUGGAGUAUUUGUGUAAGAGUGCAGGGAGGUGCGCAUGCGCGACACUGCUGUAGCCUCGUAAAAUGGCGGAUCGUGGAGAAGAGGCAGAGAGUGAGGAUGAAUUGUACGAGGUGGUGGAUAUCACAGACUAUGCCAGACGGCAUCAGUGGUGGAGUCGAGUCUUUGGGAGCAAUACAGGACCUAUUGCUGAAAAGUACUCUGUGGCGACGCAGCUCAUGAUGGGGGGCAUGACAGGCUGGUGUGCUGGAUAUCUCUUUCAGAAGGUUGGGAAAAUUGCUGCAACUGCAGUUGGUGGAGGAUUCUUAUUGUUGCAAAUUGCCAAUCACAGCGGCUAUGUGGAGGUCGACUGGAAGAAAGUAAAGAAAGAUGUUAAUAAAGCGAAAAAGCACCUGAAGAAAAAGGCCAACAAAGCUGCUCCUGAGUUAAAUUCCUUUAUCGACGAGUCCACAGAAUUUGUCAAGAGAAACAUUGUUGUUUCAAGUGGAUUCGUUGGAGGAUUUCUGCUGGGUCUGGCAUCCUAAAUUCUGGAUGAGUCUGCUGCAUAAAUGAACUCUGCCAAUCCUGAGGCAUUGUCCUCAGUGUUUAUGUUCAAUUGCUGUAUCACAGGGGCACAACACUAAAAAAAAAAAAAAAAAAACAGAUGGUUUUAAGACAAAGUUUGCACUAGAGGGUUGUGGCAGUGCCUGGACCUGGGUCUCUCUCUCUCUCUGUCUGUACAAUGAGGAAAGAAAUUUAAAUAUAUCAUGAAGUAUAUUAUUAACACUACUUUAAGUUCAUUACUGGAAUGCUACAACAUGUUUAUUUUAUAUAUAUUGGUCAGUGUUGUUGUUAGCUGGAAAACUUAAUGCCUGUACUUUAUUAGUUACGUGAGCAUAUGUUAAAAAAAUAGUUCUGUAUUAAGCUGUGUAUAGUAAUUAUGUUUUCAGUUAUAAUUUGCCUUUUUCACAGUGCUUAAUUUUAUUUUAUUUGUAUGCCUUUUUCAUUUGUUGUUACACAGAUGGUUUCUUGUAGUUUUAAUUAUGUUUGAUGUGUUUUAUUUAUGUACUGUACUGUGCCAACUACUUUACUGGACACUUGAAACUUAUAUAUGUUAACAUAAAAGAUGAUCUCCUAAUAAAAGAGGCAUUAUUUAUCCA